GUGUCCGUGUCGGUAACUUAACGCGGGUGUCCAGUCGUCUUGUCCAGAAAAAGCAUGAAACAUGUCCCGGCUCCGGUUCUGCGCCAACAUUUCGUGGCUUUUCACGGAGCUUCCGGAACUGAGCCAGAGGAUCCACAGUGCCGCUUCCGCCGGGUUUCGGGCUGUGGAAGUCGCCUGGCCCUACGACUCGGACCUGGACGAGCUCCAGAGAGCCCAGCAGGCCACCGGGGUGGAGGUCGUCCUCAUCAACACCCCGCUCGGAGACGUAAAGGCAGGUGAUUUGGGUCUUGCAGCAGUUCCUGGGCGAGAGGCGGAGUUUAGAAGGGGUCUGGAUCUGGCUUUAAAGUAUGCAAAGGCUUUGGACUGCAGAAGGAUUCACCUGAUGGCAGGACGGCUUCCGGCAGGCUCACACAGAGCAGCUGUUGCCAAGGAGAUGGAGGCCAUCUUUGUCCAAAACCUGCAGUAUUCUGCUGAUGUCCUCUUGCAGGAGGGGAUCACCGGGUUGAUUGAACCCAUCAACACCAGGAUUACAGAUCCCACUUACUUCCUGGACUCUCCUCAUCAGGCAGCUGCAAUUGUGGAGAAGGUUGGGAAGCCAAACAUGAAACUCCAGAUGGAUGUUUUUCAUUGGCAAAUCAUGGAUGGAAACCUGACCCAGAACAUCCACAAGUAUUUACCUCUGAUCGGUCACAUCCAGAUUGCUCAGGUUCCAGGCCGCAAUGAACCGGACAGCGCUGGUGAGCUGAACUACAGGUACCUGUUCAACCUGCUGGAAACGCUGGGCUACCAGGGCUACAUUGGCUGUGAAUACAAACCACUGAGAUCCACAAAUGAGGGUCUGGGAUGGCUCAAAGAUCACUGGACACUCAGCCAGUGAAGAGUGUGCACGUGACGAUGGAAUGCACGAGCAGGUCCACAUAUGUGCCAAAGUACAACACGACAAAUCUGCAAUGAAUCCGAUUGGUUUGGAUUCUGUGACAUCAUCAGACGUGUUGACGAUAUGAAAAAGCCUCAAGAGUUUUAAUACACAAAACUUUGUCUCA